CUUCACUGGAUCCUGCUCUUUUGAACUGAUCAGAACGGACAAAUGUAGCCACCCACCCCUAGGAGGAAAACUGAGCUGCAGCCCUGGUGAAACAUAAAGUUUAUUCGACUGAAGUGACGCAAAAAUUCUUAAAGAGCUCUUUGGCAGCAGAUUAUCUGGAAAUCAGACCAUGUGAGGGGGAUUGGUGUACAAAAACCUCACCAAGAUGCUGAGUUGCCCACAGGCUGAGUGCCCGAGACUCUGAGGUAAAUGUGGGUGAAGGUUACUCGAGCUUGGAUAACUCCAAGGAAAACGCUUCAAACCCAUCCGAAGGACAGAUGGUGUUUGUACCUGCGAUCUGAUGGAUUUAAAUAUGGGAGAGGAAUUCUAAAAGUGUUGGGAAUACACUGGGAAUAAAAGCGUGGGAAGAAGAGCCACAAGGGGACUCUGCUGUUCGUCUGCAAGUGAUCAGAACAAAUCUCAGACAAAAUGGAAAAAAAGGCAACAAGCAAUGAGACUGAGCCGCUGACUUCCAAGAAAGAUGUCUCGGACUGUAAGGAAGGAGAAGAUUGUAAAGAGAAGAAUGGACUUCUGGUCAGGAACCCUAAAUCGGCCCUACGGCUCGUGGAGGAUGGCAAUAAAGUCCAUCCCAGCCAGGGAGAUAAAGGGGAGGCAGCUCAGAUCUCCAAUGGUUAUUCAGGGGUUCAGAGCUCUGUUCCCUGCAAUGGAAUGGGAGAGGUGGAAGAUGCCCAGUGCACCGCCCCAGCAGCCACAACCACCACUACAACCACAACUUCUACCACCUGCGGUGCAGAAGGCCAGCAGCAGCUGAUGGAGCUAGAAGACAGAGAGACCUGGAGUAAAAAAAUUGACUUUCUACUCUCUGUCAUUGGAUAUGCAGUGGAUCUGGGAAAUGUGUGGAGAUUUCCUUAUAUAUGCUAUCAGAACGGAGGAGGAGCAUUCCUCAUUCCUUACACAAUUAUGGCCAUCUUUGGAGGGAUCCCUCUCUUCUAUAUGGAACUAGCACUAGGACAGUACCACAGGAAUGGGUGUAUUUCAAUUUGGAGAAAAAUAUGUCCUAUAUUCAAAGGGAUUGGCUUUGCCAUCUGUAUAAUAGAUCUUUACGUAGCCUCCUACUACAACACCAUUAUGGCUUGGGCCUUUUACUACCUCGUAUCCUCCUUCACUGCGGAGCUGCCAUGGACUAGCUGCACAAAUCCUUGGAACACAGGCAACUGCACUAACUACUUCAGCAAGGACAAUGUCAGCUGGUCCCUGUACUCCAUCUCUCCCGCAGAAGAAUUUUAUACCCGCCACGUUCUACAGGUGCACAGGUCCGAUGGGCUGGAUGACCUGGGGGGCAUUAGCUGGCAAUUGACCCUCUGUUUAUUGUUAAUCUUCACCAUUGUAUACUUCAGCAUCUGGAAAGGGGUCAAAACAUCGGGCAAGGUGGUAUGGGUGACUGCCACAUUCCCUUACAUCAUACUCUCUAUCCUGCUAGUGAGAGGUGCAACUUUGCCUGGGGCUUGGAGAGGUGUCCUCUACUACGUGAAACCUGACUGGCAGAAACUCCUGGCCACUGAGGUCUGGGUCGAUGCAGCAGCUCAGAUUUUUUUCUCCCUUGGUCCAGGUUUUGGGGUCCUAUUGGCUUACGCCAGCUACAACAAGUUCCAUAACAACUGCUACCAAGAUGCCCUGGUUACCAGUACCGUGAACUGCGUGACUAGUUUUGUGUCUGGAUUUGUCAUUUUCACUGUGCUGGGAUACAUGGCUGAGAUGAGGAAUGAAGAUGUAUCAGAGGUUGCCAAAGACACUGGACCCAGCCUUCUCUUCAUUACAUAUGCUGAGGCCAUUGCAAACAUGCCUGCUUCCACUUUCUUUGCCAUCAUCUUUUUCCUGAUGUUACUCACGCUGGGAUUAGACAGCACGUUUGCAGGACUAGAGGGAGUGAUUACUGGAGUACUGGAUGAAUUCCCCCAUGUCUGGAGCAAACGCAGGGAAUUGUUUGUCCUUGGUCUGAUCAUCGUUUGCUUUUUGGGGUCAUUAGCAACACUGACAUUUGGAGGUGCGUAUGUGGUAAAGCUGUUUGAAGAAUAUGCCACUGGUCCAGCUGUCCUAACAGUCGUGUUUCUGGAAGCGGUUGCUGUGGCCUGGUUCUACGGCAUCACCCAGUUUUGCAACGAUGUGAAAGAAAUGCUAGGCUUUACCCCAGGCUGGUACUGGCGAGUUUGUUGGGUAGCAAUUAGUCCCAUCUUCCUUCUGUUUGUCACUUGCAGCUUUCUGUCCAAUCCUCCCGAGCUACGGCUUUUUGAUUAUAAUUAUCCCUACUGGACCACAGUAGUGGGUUAUUGCAUAGGAACCUCUUCUAUCAUCUGUAUUCCAAUCUACAUGGCUUAUCGAUUGAUUGUCACUCCAGGAACACUUAAGGAGCGUAUUCUGAAAAGCAUUACUCCAGAAACAGCUACAGAAAUUCCUUUUGGAGACAUCCGCAUGAAUGCAGUAUAAGCUAACCUGUUUUCUGGGGGGUGAGAGGGGGAGCAUAAAAUGUAAUUUUCCCCAUCCUCUCUCCCUGCAAAGAAUUACAUUUCCAGCUGAGACAACAAAUGGAGGAGUUUUCUGUGGAGGUUGUGUCACUGACAACAGGCGUUUGGAAACAUAAUGCCUCCAGCACAUUUAUCCAAGCAAUUCAAUGAAAUCUACUGUGCACUUCAAACCAGACUGAACUGACUCGAGAACUAAUUCAUUCUGGAAACACGAGGACGUCUGUGUGCAUGAGAAUACCACGACUCCACGCGUGGGUGCUGGGGCUGUCUGAAAGUGUGCAUGAUUGCAUAAGCCACUGUAGGACGAGUACCAGCGGGUAGGAUUAGGUGUAGAACCCCAAGUCUGUGGCAGUACUCCUGUUAUCUUCCUCAAUGUGAUUGUUCGUACUGGGCAAUGUCGUAUUCGCUUCUAAGGUUCUAAUUGCUUAAACUACAUUGAAAAAUACCGAAAUAUUUCUGAUAGCCAUACAUUACUUAAGUAACACAGGGUUUUAUAAACUAGGAAAAAAAAAAAAUAGUAAAUUCCCUAGGUUUGUAGUGGAGUAGACAGAGGAAGAGGAAACAAUCCUGAGCAGCACUAUAUACAGCUCUGCAUACAUAGGCACAGACAUUUUCAUUUCCUGCAUUUUGUAGAGGAUAAAAGUUUUGUUAAUUGUUUCUUGCAUAACAAAUACUACAGAAGCAUUUUUUUAUAACGUUGUAGGCUUCAGUUUCCUUUAGACCCCAUUAAGCCACAAAAACUCAUCACAGCUUACUUGACAAGUACCUAAGUGGCCAGCACUUACUACACUGUUUCCCUAACUAAGCCAUUCACAGAAUCAUUGUCCUGACAGAUCUAACACCCACACCUACAGAAACUACAGACCAACAGUGAAUUUUUUUGAGUUCUGAUGCCAAAAAGUAGAAAGAUCUGCUUUGUUGUUGGGUUUUUUUGUUUGUUUGGUCGUUUUUUUUAAAUUUAAUUUUGCAACUAAAAUCUGCUGGAGUCUGUUGCUUCUUCUAUUCUUUCUUAGUACAGAACUAAAGUUUAGAAUAAUCCUUUUGGCUGGCUGACAAAAGUACAUUUAACUGUACAAACCUACUUCCAAGAUUUAUUAGCUUAUAUUCUAAUGUGAACACAUUUGAUUUUCACCCUGAAGAAAAAAAGGAUUAAUUUUUUUUUAACAAGAAGUUGAGUGGAGUUCAGCAGGACUGAUUCUCAUCAGAACUAUUUAUAUUAAAUUGCAAGGCACUGAUAUGCAAAUUAACUUCCAUGCACAUACUAACCUCUUUAUUAUAUGCAUACACAUGCUCUCCAAAGGUGACUGCCCUUCAGACUGACUGCACUUGCCCGAAGUCAGUUGGAGAAUAGUUCUGCUGCAGUUAGGUGGAAGUUUAUCUAAACCUAAGUAGGCAUCAUGUGGUAAAAACCACAUAGAUUAUAACAAAAUAAAGGAGAGGAUAAAAGUCUCUUGUAUCUCACAGUCUACUUAGGCAACGUACUGCUAAAUUCACAAGGUUAUAUAUGCAUUCAUAGCAGCAAGCACUAAGAAACCUACUGAAGAGUUUACAUUGGUAGGAAGAACUUGCCAUACGAGAGGAAGGCAGUGAUGGUGUGUUUGCUUUUUCAAAGCAUUUUCAUUGCUUCCGCAAAGGAUGGUUCUCCCUUAGGUGUGCAGACACCUGUUACACUUCAGCUAUUGACUUGAAUUCACUUAACUUUUGGUCUCAGGCCCAACUUCCAAGAAGGAAAUAAAGGGACAAGGGCUGUUCUUUUGGAACUACAAACAAAAAGACUCCUAAACUGUUUUUAAAAAAGGGAAUAUGUUCUUUCAUUGCCACCAGGAAAAACAUAGUAAGUCUGUCUUACUCAACAGUUACUCCUUAGAAAUAGUUUUAGCUUAGCCCCUAAGUAUAUUUGAAAAGUACUUCAAAAACUGGCUUCAUCGUGAGGAAAAGAGGAAUGGUCUGGAAAUUCAUUUAAUAUUGUGAAGUCAUUAAGUUACCAAUCAGAAAAUUACUGAAUUUUGUUAAGAACAGAAUUUUCUUUAUGAAUUAAUUAAAAAAAUACAUAUGAAAAGCCAAUGUAAGAUGAAUGAGGUAUACAUGUGUAUCCAGUAUCAAGUGUGAGAAAUGAAGGAGAAAACCCUACCCAGCUUUUUCAUUCUUCAGGCUGGUGUUCAACUACUGCUGGGUAUUCUUCCUCCUAAAUGUGUAAGUAUUUAGAUAAAUCUUACAGAUAAAAUUUCGUGCCAGACUCAUUAAAAAAACCCAACCCACCCCUCUGCAAAACCAACCCAAAACUUACAGUUCCAAUUUUUGGUCAUUUAUGUUAGGAAGUUUGGUCAUUUUAUUAGGAAGGCUAAUGGUGGGGACAGAAAUAUUUACGUUAAAUAUGAGCAUUAUCUGUAUCAAAGCCAAAGUUUCUCUUUCAGCCCUUAGAAACAAACUGAAACUGAGAAUGUUGUUUCUAAUUGAAUAAUUUGAGAGUAAUAAUUGCAGAAAUCACUGCUAUUUAGUGUGCAAUGCUACUGAUGUUGUUCUUUUAUAACAGUAUUUGAAAUGGCAAAAGAUGCAUCUUUACUUGUGUUUUUUAAGACACUAAUAUAUGACAGACAUUGUAUUUCUGGGUGGUUUUAGCACAGAAUGUUGAAAAACUUCCCAAGAAAUGUCACUGUUUUCUAGUGGCUUAAAAGUCAGCCAAGAAGCCCUGAUAUUAAUACAAGCCCUGCAAGAUUCGCAGUGUAAAAUAGGGCAAGGUCUCUCAGCUUGAAUUUCCCAGUUGAAAAAUGAGAAUAAUGCACUGAGUACAGAUGUACUGAGAGAGAGUGAAAGUAUGUAGAUGUGCCAAGUCACAGGAAAAACAUUUAUGGAUUCCAGAAGAUAAUUUGUGAUGUUAGAUCUUUGUUCUCUUUUCACUAGGAUAAUCCAGUGUGAGGUUUUUAUGGGAACAGGGGGCAAGGAAGCCCUCCAGAAGUGAAUGAAAAAGGCUUUUCUUAAUACAAAGAUAAAAUACAUCCAUGUUUUCAUUCUGUAUAAGCUGAACUUACAAGGCAGUUUAGUUCUCAUUAUUUUUUUGUUACAUAGUAUCCUGGUUUGAAGUCUUCUAAAUCUUCUUAUGCUAAGUUUCUUUCUUAGUGUCUCUAUUUAGCUAAGUGGUUGAAAUAUUGAGAAAUUGAUUUCAUUUAUUUUUGUAACUCUUUUUUCUUCCUUUUACAUAUCCAAUCUGAAAACAGUUAGAGUAACUGAUACUUAUCAGGUAGCUCAACAGGUAGCUGUACAUUAAACAUUGUUUUUGUACAAAAAAUAGUUAUAUUGAUACCAAACGGGCUGCACUGCAAGGCAAACAAACUCCUUCUCUUCAGUUCACCUUCUGCUGAUCUAUCACGUGAGUCUAUCCUACCCUCUAAUCUGAACAGUGAAGAGGAAAUUCUGAAACUGGUAAAUUUUGACCAUGUUUGCCUUUUAAGCAAAGAGAAUUAAGCUAGAGUUUUAGCUGUACAGAACUAAGUAUUCCCUCCAACUUGUACAUGAUGCACCUGUUAUUAAUUUAUGCAGCUGUUUAGUUACAAGUGUUGCAAGCUGAUUGUAAGUCAUCAGUAUGUGCCUUGUACUGUAAACUGUUAUUGUAAUAAAUUUAAUAUUCAUAAUCCA